AUGGGAAUGAAGGAUGGUAUGUUUAGGUAUGCAGAUUGGGUGGACAAGUGGUUGAUGUUCUUUGGGAUUUUGGGUAGCUUGGGUGAUGGGUUACAGAACCCUCUCAUGAUGUACAUUCUUAGCGAUGUUAUCAAUUCAUAUGGAUCUUCUAAUAGCUCUCUAUCCAAUGAUGAUGUAAACAAGUUUGCACUUAAACUUUUGUAUGCUGCAAUUGGAGUUGGAGCUGCUGCAUUUGUUGAAGGAGUUUGUUGGUCAAGAACUGCUGAGAGGCAGACUUCUAAGAUGAGAAGAAAGUAUCUGAAAUCUGUUCUCAGACAAGAAGUCGGUUUCUUUGACACGCAGAUAGCUGGUUCUUCCAUGACUUCUCAAGUGGUGUCCGUUAUCUCCUCUGAUGCUAAUGCAGUCCAAGCUGCGUUGUGCGAAAAGAUUCCUAACUGUUUGGCUUACAUGUCAACCUUUCUUUUCUGCCACAUAUUUGCCUUUGUAUUGUCAUGGAGACUCACAUUAGCAGCAAUACCUCUUUCGAUUAUGUUCAUAGCUCCAGGUCUCUUUUUUGGGAGUGUCAUGAUGGGGUAUGUCAUGAAAUCAAUUGAAGCUUAUGGAGUUGCUGGUGGUAUAGCUGAACAAUCACUUUCCUCUAUAAGAACGGUAUAUUCUUAUGUAGGAGAGAUCAAAACACUAAGUAGAUUCAGCAUUGCACUUCAGAAGGUUCAGGAACUUGGAAUAAAACUUGGUCUCACAAAGGGGCUGAUGUUGGGGACCAUGGGAGUCAUUUACAUAGGCUGGGGUUUCCAAGCCUGGGUUGGAACUUAUUUGAUUACUCAAAAAGGAGAAGAGGGUGGCCAUGUUUUCGUAGCUGGAUUCAAUGUUCUUAUGGGAGGCCUGAGUAUAUUGAGUGCACUCCCAAAUUUAACUGCCAUCACAGAAGCAUUAGCCGCAACUACUCGUAUUCAUGAAAUGAUCAAUCGAGUUCCAGCUAUAGACUCUGAAGAUAGAAAAGGGAAGGCUUUAUCACAUGUGAAAGGAGAAAUAGAAUUUAAAGAAAUUUACUUUAGUUACCCAUCAAGACCAGAUACACCGGUCUUACAAGGUUUAACUCUGCAUGUUCCAGCAGGUAAGAGGGUAGGUCUUGUUGGAGGCAGUGGUUCUGGCAAGUCUACCAUCAUUGCGUUGCUUGAAAGGUUUUAUGAUCCCACAAAUGGAGAAAUACUCUUGGACGGAUACAGAAUAAGUAGACUUCAGCUGAAAUGGCUGAGGUCACAAAUUGGUUUAGUUAACCAGGAACCAGUUCUUUUUGCAACAUCUAUACAAGAGAAUAUAAGUUUGGGCAAAGAAGGUGCCACUAUGGAACAAGUAAUUAUUGCUGCUAAAGUUGCAAAUGCACACGAUUUCAUCGUCAAGUUGUCAGAUGGAUAUGAGACUCAAGUUGGUCAAUUUGGAUUCCAAAUGUCAGGUGGGCAAAAGCAACGCAUUGCCAUCGCAAGAGCCCUAUUGAGGGAUCCAAAGAUUCUGCUUCUUGAUGAAGCCACUAGUGCAUUGGAUGCACAAUCUGAAAGAGUUGUGCAGGAAGCAAUUGAUCAAGCAUCAAAAGGAAGAACCACAAUCACAAUAGCCCAUCGCCUAUCAACAAUUCAAACAGCAAAUACUAUCUUUGUUCUUGAAGCAGGUAAAGUAAUUGAAUCGGGUACACACAAUGAUCUGAUGCAACGAAAUGGGGGACAAGGAAGUGAAUACUCAAAGAUGGUAAACUUGCAGCAAUUGACAGCACAAAAUGAUUCGAGUACAGAAAUAGAUGAAACGCCUCGACGCGGGAAGAAUGUCACCCCAAGCCCACAUAGAACUCCUUACAGUGUUAGAUCAAGUGCUCCAGGCACUCCAACAUUAUUUCCUUUUAGCACAACAAUGUCUGCCUCCAUGGGAACCCCCUACUCUUACUCUGUCCAAUAUGAUGUUGGUGAGGAAAGCGAGGAAGAAUAUUCGAAGUAUUCAUCCCAGAAUCUUUCUCAAAUGCGUUUACUGAAAAUGAAUGCACCUGAGUGGGUACCAACCAUACUUGGAUGCUUAGGGGCAAUUGGUUCUGGCGCAGUACAACCUAUUAAUGCUUACUUUGUUGGAUCUCUUAUAUCAAUCUACUUUCUUAAAGAUGAAUCUGAAAUGAAGUCCAAAUCCAGAGAAGUAUCUCUCAUUUUUAUAGGUAUUGGUGUUUUUAACUUCUUCACCAACAUCCUCCAACACUACAAUUUCUCUGUUAUGGGAGAAAAAUUAACUAAAAGAGUAAGGGAGAAACUACUUGAAAAGUUAAUGACGUUUGAGAUUGGGUGGUUUGAUGAGGAUGAGAAUACAAGUGCUGCGAUCUGUGCAAGGUUAGCUACUGAGGCUAACAUGGUACGAUCCUUGGUCGGAGACAGGAUAUCAUUGCUUGUCCAGGCAAUUUUCGGAUCUGUCUUUGCUUAUGGGCUUGGACUAGCCCUCACAUGGAGGCUAACACUUGUGAUGAUAGCAGUGCAACCAAUAGUUGUGGGGAGCUUUUAUGCAAGAAGUGUCUUAAUGAAGAGUAUGGCUGGAAAGGCUCGAAAAGCUCAGAAGGAAGGAAGCCAGCUAGCAAGUGAAGCUGUCAUCAACCAUAGGACUAUCACUGCCUUCUCUUCUCAGAAGAAAAUGCUUGCACUCUUCAGUGCAACCUUGAAUGGUCCUAAGAAGGAAAGUAUCAAGCAAUCAUAUGUUUCAGGAUUUGGCUUGUUUAGCUCCCAAUUCUUUAGCACAGCUGCUACGGCUUUGGCUUAUUGGUAUGGUGGGAGGCUACUGGUUCAAGGCCUGAUAACAGCAAAGCACCUUUUUCAAGCAUUUUUGAUAUUGCUUUUCACUGCUUACAUCAUUGCAGAAGCUGGGAGUAUGACAUCAGACAUAUCUAAAGGAGGCAUUGCCAUCCAUUCAGUUCUUCAAAUUUUAGACAGAAAAAGUGAAAUUGACCCGGAAAGCAAAUGGGGGAUUGACUUAAAGAAAAAGGUAAAAGGUCGCGUGGAGUUAAAAAAUGUAUUCUUUUCAUACCCAACAAGGCCUAACCAAAUGAUCCUUAAGGGGCUAAGCCUUAUUAUUAAAGAGGGCAUAACAGUGGCGCUAGUAGGUGAGAGUGGUUCUGGAAAAUCUACAAUCAUCGGGCUUAUCGAAAGGUUUUAUGAUCCUAUGAAGGGAUCAAUACACAUCGAUGAACAAGACAUUAAGAACUAUAAUGUAAGAACUUUAAGAUCCCAUAUUGCACUUGUUAGCCAGGAGCCAACUCUUUUUGCUGGAACAAUUCGCGAAAACAUUACCUAUGGGACAGACGAAGCUUCAGAAUCUGAGAUAAGGAAGGCUUCAAGACAUGCCAAUGCUCAUGAGUUCAUAAGUGGACUUAAAGAUGGGUAUGAUACUUACUGCGGAGAAAGAGGAGUGCAGCUGUCAGGUGGUCAAAAGCAAAGGAUUGCUCUAGCCCGUGCGAUUUUGAAGAACCCGUCAAUCCUCCUACUAGAUGAGGCGACAAGUGCCCUUGACAGCAUUUCUGAAAAUUUAGUUCAAGAAGCACUUGAGAAGAUGAUGGUUGGAAGAACAUGCAUAGUCAUAGCUCACCGACUAUCUACCAUACAAAAGUCAACCUCAAUUGCAGUUAUCAAGCAUGGAAGAGUUGCAGAACAAGGUUCACACAAUGAAUUGAUUUCUUUAGGACGUAAUGGGGCUUACUGUUCCCUGAUCAAACUACAAAAUAGAGCUUUACCAUAGUAAACCGGGAGUGGCAAAAAAUUAUGGAAGUUUCUUAUAAUGCACAACCUUAAUUAUCAUGCAUGCCUCCUAUGAAUAUGAGACGACUCUAGAUAGGUUUUUAUAAUUAAUA